CGCUGACCGCUGAAUGCUUGACCAUCUAACAAUAUUUCUGAGCAUCAGGGUGUAGGCGUAGCAGCGUAUGGCCCCUGCAUACGACUGGCUGUGGCUCUCUAGUACUUCGACGACUGGAUGCCAGCUUUCGCGAUGGGACUGGAUUGCCAGGUCUACGGCAUGAUGAUGCAGGCGAAACAAUGCUCUCGUCCAUCAAUGCAUCAUGAAUUACCCACCCGGAAUAGUUCAUGGCGCUUCAAAUGUCGCUGCACACGUCACAAAACACUUCGAGAUUGUAAUUGGAUGCUCAUAGCGUUGCUCGUCUCGCCGACGCUCGAGUAAAUAUGUAGGAGUUCCGACAUACGCCAGCUCACACCGUCGAUCCUCCAUCGCCCACGAAUUCCUUCCAUUUUUAUCACUUGUGUCUCCAAAGGGUUAGGUCGUUGCGUACCUAGCCCUUUCAACCGCCAAAUAUGCGUCUUGAAGACCGCGAUUCGUUCCCGCUCCUCUCUAGACCAUCUUCAUGAAUUCUUCGACGACGCUUCGAAAGCAUGUGCCCCAGAUCACGAAUGUCCAAGUCGACGUGCUCGGCAAGAGCGUCGGAAAGGCUGCGCUGGAGGCAGAGAAGGCAUACGGAGAGGGAGGUCUAGAUAGAUAUUGACUGGUGGUAAGUAUACGGGGUGGGUGAAUGUCAAGGGGCUAUCCCUCGCCACCCACGCUUUUUGGCCGUUGAGGUGUGGAAGAAUAAAGAGAGGACGAUUGUCAGUAUGAGCUCGGUUGCGUCACAUCUCACAGGACCUGGCGUGAAUGAGUCUUUCCGCCAUUGUCUUUUCCCUUCCGACCGAAGCAACUGACAGUGUUGCAGCUGGCUGAUUCGAUGACGGGCGCCAGCAAUCAGUCCAGCAAGUUGACCGUUCUGCGUCCGACGGAAUUCAUGGACGCCACUUACGCGGCGCCAUGUUUUUUGGCAUACGCCAUGCACCCUGGAGCCAUUUAUCGGCAUGGGUCUACGCACGCCAAGUUUCCCAACGAGCGACCGAUAUCGGUGAUUGCAGGAGCCACGUCUCCCCCGUUCGUGAGAGCUGCGCGCCACUUGUCUCCCAUCGGCCGAUUUCGCACCAGGAAAUACUCUUCCUCGUUUGUUGCAAGACAUCUACUGCUUUGGUCUGUAUAAUCUCCUAUUGUAGUCUUGCUUUCUCAUCCCUUGAUAUUUUACGGCGAUGUAUCCUUGCAAGCGCUGAAUGACUGUUCGUCUUGGCGUCAUCUGGGGGUCUCUUUGCUAGGCCGUUAGGAAGGAAUGGCAGUCGGAAGAGCGGGUGGCUAAUCAAUGACGAUAUUUAUAUCCUAGGAUGAUUCACCAUCGCAUACGACCAAAUAUUGCUAAUCAUAUAAGUAGCUCUGGCCUGUAGGCAGUGAGUGCUUCCACGGUUCUACUCGUUGAUCUCAAGUAGUCCAUUGCCCAGUCAUCAUGCUAGAGCUCUCAGGUCUCCCAGCUCACGCAGGCUUUACCUUCACAAAGACCUCCCACAGAGAUACCUAUCCCUUCAUCGAUCCUCUCAAAUCCUCCGGCGCCCACAAAUCACACUCCGUCUUCAUCACCGGCGCCUCCAAAGGCAUCGGUCGGCGCACUGCGCUCGCGUUCGCGCGAUCCGGUGCUUCAAAAAUCGCGAUCGGCGCGCGCUCCUCCCUCGACUCCCUCGAGUCCGAGAUCCUCGACGCCGCUAUUAAGGCGGAUCACCCUGCACCACAAGUUCUGAAGAUCCAACUGGACGUUCUCGAUAAAGAGAGCGUGAAUCGCGCUGCGCAGGAGGUGCACACGGCUUUCGGGGAGGAAGGGUUGGAUAUACUGGUGAACAAUGCUGGUUGGCUGGAGACGUUCAAGCCGAUGGGGGAGAUAGACGUCGACGAUUGGUGGUACACUUGGGAGGUGAAUAUCAAGGGGUUGUUCCUCGUCACGCACGCGUUCUUGCCCUUGGUGUUAAGGAGUAAGGAGAAGACGAUCCUGAACUUGAGUUCGAUCGGGGCGCAUCUGCUGGCACCUGGUGCCUCGGCAUAUCAGUCGGGCAAGCUUGCUGUUCUGCGGCUGACAGAAUUCAUGAAUGUGGAUUAUGGGUCUCAAGGACUUCUCGCAUACGCCGUUCACCCCGGAGGAGUACCCACCGAAAUGGGUUUGCGCAUGCCGUCGGAGUCGCACUUUGUCCUGACUGACACGCCUGAGCUGUCCGGUGAUGCUAUUGCGUUCUUGACCCGCGAGAGGAGAGAAUGGCUAGCUGGCCGUUAUAUUAGCUGUACUUGGGACAUGGAAGAGUUGCUUUCAAAGAAGGACGAGAUUAUUAGUGGGGAUAAGCUGAAGGUUCGGAUGGUUGUGUAAUGUAUAACAUCUUUCUCGAGAGGCUGUGUAUGUACGUGUGC